AUGUGGAUGUUAGCUGAUUCAUCUGGGUAUUGCCUAAAUUUUGAAAUUUACACAGGAAAAGUAGGGAAUGAAGUUGAACAGAAUUUAGGUGCUCGAGUAGUUAAAAAUAUGACUUUUGAAAUAGGAAACAAAAACCAUAAAGUCUUAUUUGACAAUUUUUUUGCCGGUGUACCACUGAUGGAAGAGCUUCGUCAACAAAAUUUGUAUGCUUGUGGCACUGUCAACUCAACAAGGAAAAAUCUGCCUAAAUUUAAGACAGAUAAAGAGCUAAAACGGGGAGAUUUUGAUUGGUAUUCUAGUAAUACGGGUCUGGCAGCGGUAAAAUGGCGUGAUAGAAGGUCGGUACAUUUGUUAUCAAAUUAUCACAAUCCGUCUUCAAGCACUGAGGUGAAAAGAAAGGAAAAAGAUGGGAUGCAGGUUCAAGUGCCAUGUCCUAUUAUGCUUAGGGAUUAUAAUAAGAACAUGAGUUUUGUGGAUAAAUUUGAUCAGCUUAGGGCUACUUAUGGUAUCGAUAGAAAAAGUCACAAAUGA